GACACGUAUUAUGGAGCAACUGUGAACCUGUCAGUGCCUAAAUUUCUAGAAUUGCAGUGCGUCAAAUGAGGGCCUGUACUGCAAAUACGUGUAGAGUACACAAAUAAUGGCAAAACGUGAAUAUAACACACAAAUGUUUUCCUCAGUAUACUCGUUUAUGCAUAUUUGGGUCAUCACGUUUGCGCAGAAAUUUGAAUUUUCUAGAAAUUGCAGGAUCUUCACAGAAUAGGAACAUUACUGUUCAUGGAUUAGCUCUUGCACAGCAAUUGAAACAAAAUUGUUUAUGUGAUGGAUUCAGUAGACGAACUGCUAUUUAAUGCAGUCACAGAUGGGGAUGCCAACCGGGUUUCUUGUCUUUUGGCUCAAGGAGCUAAUGUGAACAUAGUAUGUUCAUCAGGAAGAACUGCCCUUGGCUCAGCUGCAGAAACAGGAAACUUGGCCAUCCUGAAACUGCUGUUGGAUGCCAGUGGAAUCAAUGUAUCAGUAUCAAAAGAUCAAGAUAAUCAACAACACCACUUGAAAAAACAGAAAGGAAAAAAGAGCCGAAAAGAAGCAAAAGCGGCUGCUGUGAAGACCUACUUGUAUGACAGUGAUGAUGAUAGUGAUGGUGACAUGCCCCACAAGCCAAUAGGUUAUGAUCACAGCAAGUCUCAUGAAGAGGCAACAUCAGAUCAAGGUAAUGACGGCUGUGAAAAAAACAAUCUGGGGUAUUUCAUAAUGGUGCAUGGGGAGGAUGGGGAUGAAAAUUUAAAUCUUAGACGUCCGGUGCUUGAUUCAAUCAAUGUACUCGAUGAUUUGUGCACACCAGAUGGGAUGGAGAAACUAGAAUGGGACGUCGAAGUAGAGGGUAGUGAAAAUGCUGAGGCUGACGACGACUCAUUUACAUCUCUGUACCGAUGGUAUGCAGAUAUCCUUGACCGCACAGGUUCCUUGCUGCAAAACUCCCAUGAGUUUGAUGUCAAUCAUCAGGAUGUGUAUGGCAGAAGUGCUGUGCAUUAUGCUGCUGAACACGGACACCUAGAAGCCCUCAGAUUACUGUCAGCUGCAGGUUGUAAACUGGAUAUAGCUGACACAGACAAUUUUACUCCUCUUCAUUUGGCUGUUGCUAGAGAUCACGUUCCAGUUGUUAAAAUGCUAGUCUCUGAAGGCGCACAGGUAAACCGCAAAACGAGUGACAAGACAUCUGCUUUGCAUAUGGCUGCAUCUCGUGGACACAUAGGGGCAGCGGAGGUGUUGUUGGGAGCAGGCGCGUCUGUCGAUGCCCUAGACUCUUCAGAUCGCACACCGCUGCUUCUGGCCGUGUCUCGAGGCCAUGAAGAGGUCGUGCAACUGCUCCUCCACAAUGGUGCCAAAGUCAACAUUGAAGAAAUACACGGAUACACACCGCUUUGUGAAGCAGUGUGGAAGAAGGCAGUCCCCUUAGUGCAGAUGCUUUUGGAUGCUGAUGCCAAAGUGACGCAGUCACAUUACCUCCUUCAUGAUGCAGUCAUGCACCGACACCUUGAUAUGGUUCGCCUGCUGGUUCGGGCCGGUUGCAUUGUGAACCUCCGGGAUGAAAAUGGCGACACGCCGCUUAUUGUGGCAGCACGCACUGGUCACAUCCCAGUUGCAGAGUUGCUCUUGGAAAACGGUGCUUGUGUGAACUAUGCUAACUCCCUCACCGGAAGCCUUCCUCUACAUGAAGCUGUGGAUUAUAUUCGUCCCUCUCAGUGUGAAACCUUCGAAGCGAUGUUCAAACUUUUUCUAACACACGGUGCAGCUUUGGAUGUUCAAACCUGCACAGGAGGCGACUCUCCAUUGUUUCGAGCUGUUCUUCGCGAGCGUCCACAGGCUGCAGCUAUCCUGAUUCGACACGGUGCUGAUGUUAAUGUGUGCAGCAACGUUUCUUGCGUUGUAGACAUCCUCACUUUGGCGUUGAUGAGGGAUAAUUUUCCAUUAGUGCGUAUGUUAGUGUAUGCUGGUUUUAACCUGCAGAAGAAUCUUCCUGACACUGUUCCCCAGGCUGCAGUUUCAAUAAAUGCCUGGUUGCAUCAUAUGAGAAAAAAUGCGAUGCGGUUGACAGACUUGUGUAGAAUAUCAAUUCGUCGUAUGUUGAGGACCAAUCUUUGUUCAAAAAUUAGUCGUUUGUAUUUACCGGUCUCUCUUAAGUCAUAUCUUAUGUUAGAAGAUGUGACUUUGGAUGAUUAAAUUUCUGCAAGAUAUGGUGCUGCAAAAGUACAAAAUGAAAAUUUAUAAGGAAAUUAAUUAUGUUAAUGGCAGGUGUUUAUGAAAAAAUGUAAGAGAUGCAAGAAUCUUGCUACAGCAUUUUUUGCUAUGUAGAAAAAAUGACAGAAGAUAAAUAAUCAUAGAACUUGUAAUUAAGUUCUAGUUGGUUGAUUGAUCUUGUGCACGGUUUAUUCCCCAAGUUGACCACUGCCUAUUGUUUUGGCUGCCUCUGACCAUUUGUAAUUCAUUGUAUGAAUGUUUGUUAUUCUUUUUUUGUUUUUUAUUUUUCUUUUGGUUCAGACCAUGAUUGUAGUUGUAGAAAGCUAAGGAAACAAGUAAUAAACAUUAAGACAUACAUUUUUCUAGGCAGGGUACUUGGUUUGCUAAAGAAUGCAUCGAAAAAUUCAUACAAGAGGAAAUUAAAUUUGUUGUAUAAGAAUGAGUCAGUUUAUAAAUUUAUAGAAAUGUUUUGAAUUGCUGAUCAUUAUUGUACAUGAAAUGUACAAUGUACAAUAUUAUAAUGAUUAUUUCUUAUUUCUUGAUGAUCAUAUCAAUUUUUAUACUUUUAUUUUAGUUUUGAAUGUUAUUUUCAAAAUAUAUUGUUUUGCUCAAUGAAAUUUAAAAUAAUAUGAAGAUUGAUUGAAGCUGUUUUUAUUAUUAAUACAUUUGAUUCUUAAAGAAUCGUUUCAUCAAAGAAGUGUGAUGCAUUCCACUUAAAAUGUAAUGUAAGUAUUAAAGAAAAGAAUUUUGGAUAGAUAUUAGUCUACAUUUUAAACUCAGGUGACAUUGCAGUUAACAGUUAGAAACUUCAAAUGAGUGAUGAUAGUUACUUAUAAAAAAAUGAUAGUUUCCUAAUACAUGUAAAAUACUUGUAGAAGAGGAUAAUAUUUCAUUUUCUAAAAGACCAUCAACAUCUGAAAUAGACUGUGAAGUAACUACAAUCAUGAAAGUAUUGAAGGAGGGGACACUGAAUAUUAAUGAUUAAUUUGUUGUAAAUUGUUUUAUCUUUUGUCUUCCUCCUCAAUGUUGUUCAAAGGAGAUGUGCAAUACUUCUCUAAAACUGCUGUGUACUGCCAAAAUAGUUCAGGGAGAAUUUCUUCUUUAUUUUCUGGAACUUGCAAAAAAAAACAACUUUGAAGGAAAAGCCGGUGAAUACUUGAUGUCCAGUACUUUUAUUUAUUCCUUUUAAUGUAGUAAUGAUUAAAUUGUAGUUGUCAUUUUUAAGAAAACAUCUCAAAUUCUUAGAUUAGUCUUUCUUUCUCAAAAUUUUCAGUUGACCAAUUAUGAAAUAAAAUUAGAAUAUUGAUUAAUCUGAAUGAAACUCUCUCUGUAAAUAUUUCAUUAAUAAAUUUAUGAAUAUAUUAUGACAGAAUGGCAGCGAAUAUUGUACCUCCGAAUUGUAGAAUUAUCUACAAGAAAAAUACUGUUUGCAAACCUACAUCAACGUAAUGUGAACAUUUAGGAUUAUCAAAGAUAUUACAGUAUGUCAAAGCUAACUAAUCUUUCUGGAACUGUGCUUCCUUUUGCUCUGCUUUCAAAACUGUUUAAAUAUUCUGCGCAAUAAAUUGCAAUAUGAAAGCUUAUAAGGUAUGCUUCUAAAGUAAGAGGCCUUGUAAAUUUCACUAAUUUAUUAUUGAUUCUUGUCUUGCACGUUUGAAAUUAGAUGCAUUAUUCCCCUGGGUAUCUAUUCUCUCAAUCAAAAGUGUAUGGGAGUUUUUUUGUUGUUGUUGUUGUUGUUGUUUUCAUGAAAACAAUAAAAAUAUUAGUAUGCAAUCAUUUAGAA